GAAAGAUCUAAAAGUCAUUGUGACAAUCGAGUCAGUGCGGAACACGUUUCAGCGACGAAAAAAGAAAGUGAAAAAGUAAAAAAAGUUAAUUUUCAAUUAAUUCAAAAAAAAAUGUCAAAGAAAUUCAAUCCUAAGAUGACCUGCCGUGACCAGGAGGCGCGUGCCAAUAUCGAAAUGAUUCGCAAUCUUCUCGACGAAUUGCAGCAGGAUCCGGAGAUUGAUUCUCAACGUGCUUUUGAGGAUGCGACCUACACCAUAGUUCGCGAACAACUUAUGGAGAAUCUUCGCGUAGAGACUGAGGCUCUGAAGAAGCUCUAUGAGGAGAAAGUCAAGAAAAUGACUGAAGAAUUGAAGAAGCGUCAUGAGCAAAAAGUCCAGCAGCUUACUCGUGAAUUUGCUAUGGUUUCCGGAGAGCGAAAGCGUACCCGAAGUCCACUUUCUUUCGAAGGUGGAUCUUCUUCUCCCAAGUCGCGUCGUGUCGGGGUUGUCAAUCCGCUACCAACCCAUGGCUCUGAACGGAGCAAUUCUAUCUCCCAUAUCCUGGGGGGCGACAGUAUUCCCUCAACAUACCGACGCAGAGCCGCGGGACAACCAGGUCCGCGGGGCUUUGUUUUUGACGAAGAAACUGCAGCUGCCACACGUCAGUCUGAGGCAAACAGGGCUAUGUCGAGAGAUAUGCCCUCCACUUCCAGUUUCUUUGGACAGUCCACCUCUCAGGGUCCUACUUUCGGGAAUGAAAACCGAUCGGGCUCACGGUUUCUGGAGUUAUGCGGGGCUGAACCAUCGGUGCCAUCGACAUCCCCCUCUCAGGGCUAUAAUUCCUCAACCAACUCACGCCGGUUGGAGCUGUACAGGGCUGGGCUGUGCACCUAUGGGUAUGAGAUAUCCACCAGUUCGGGAGAACCCACUCGCACUUUUGACAAUGAAGCAACAUCCACUUCUCGUCGUUGGGUGGCAUCAUGGGAUGAGGUGGAAGAAUCCACUCCCCGGGCUUACAACCUCAACAUAAGAUCCGAAUCCAUUGAAUUCUAUCUGGACCUGUACCGAGCUCGACUGAUGGCCGAAUCUGCCGCUCGAAGUGUGGAAGAUGCCACGCCAUGGAUCUACAACACCAACAUUGAAUCGUCAUCCACUUCACGUCGCGGGGAGGACGAUGAGGAGAGUCUGGAGGAUGACCGGUACAGUCUGGAAGACGCCACUCCCUGGAUCUACAACACUAACCCCCAACCCCCGACUACCUCAUGUCGUGUGGAGGCAUACCUGGUUGAGGAUGGGAUGUGCACCUGUUCCAUGUCAGCGAGUAGCAUAGAGGAUGCCACUCCAUGGAUCUACCAUACUUACACUGAAUCUCCAUCGGCCUCACCUCGUUUGGAGGAGAUUAAUGCUCUGUUUGACGAUGAGACUCUGUCAUCGGGAGAACCUACUUCUGACAAUGUCUUAAUGCCAACCCCGAAUGAGGAGGAGGAUCAGUCUGGUUAUGAAGAAGAGCAGGACGAUGAUGAUUCCAGCGCUUAGAUUCCAAGAAGUCCCUAUAGAAUUGUGAGAAAUGCAAAUAAAUCAUUGCUGAUGCACCACUGUGCUCAUUA